UUUAUGUAAUUUUCUACAAUAUAUUUGACUUUUUUGUGCAAUUUGAGCUAGUUUUCAAGUUGCCUAUAGUUUGAAAUAUUUCAAGUAACGUUUUUUUAAACAUUGUUAAUUUACUGCUGAGUUUUGAUGAGAAAUAAAGUUAAAGACAAGUUUAUGAUUAUAUAAUAUACUUUAUUAUGUGAUAGAUUAAGUUAUCUCAGCCUUAAAAUCAAAAAUCAUAUAUACAUAUAUUAUAGCAUCAAUAAGGGAACUGGAAAAGUUAAAUAAACAACUUGAGUAAAAUAUCACGAGCUUCGGUUCCGCGCACCGCCUUUGUUUUUUGUUUCUCGUCGGACAGCUUUUGUGGCUGCACAGAAACCUGGAACAACUCGGUCUCCACAAAUGUGCGAAGGUGCUGUGCAUCAAACCCCCCCUCCACCACCCCCCCCGUGAAAACAAAUGAGCAUGUUUUACUGGAUGAAGAGGAGCAGCGGGGGCCCCGAGGCCCUCGGCGGCCUCGACAUGUCUAAAGCCGAGAUACUGAGAGGAAUCGUCGGCGAGAAACUGACGACGGCCGCGCAGGAGAUCUUAGCGGUGGUGGAGAGAACCGUAGCCGGGUAUGAGGAGGAGGCUUCGGGUUUCAGGCAGGAGAUCGCCCGGCAGAGGAGACAGCUGGAGGUUCUGCUGCAGCCGCGGGUCAAACUGGAGAGAAGAGCCCUGAUUCCAGAUCUGGACAGCCAUGAUGUGGUUGUUGUAAGUGAGGGGGAAGAGGAGGAGGAGGAGGAGGAGGAGGAGGAGCACAGACAGCAGCCAGAUGUGGAGGACACCGGGAGUCUGGGCCUCCUGUGGUUCGAUGAUGAUGAUGAGGGUGAAGACGAAGAGGAGCGGCCAUCCAUGCAAACGGCAAUGAGCUGCAGACAGAAACGAGAAGAUCUGCAGGACCCGGAUUUUCAAAUACCAUCAAGGUCGUUUUCCCCCAGAGUUCGGUCUGACAGGAGGAAGCCCGGCAGACCUCGGAUCAGUGACAUGCAGACCCAUCUGGAUCUCAGGAUCUGCAUCCUGGAGGACUUGCAGAACGAUGUGCUCUCGAAAAGCGUGUUUCAGAAGUGUCCAGUGCAGGAGCUGCAGUGUCCUCGUGGACUACAGGAGGCCGACUUCCUGGACCUGCUCAGAUCUACCUUCCCUCAGCUGGCGGGCGAUAAACCCUUUGACUUCUUCACUUCCGACAGAACCAGGAGACUCCAGCCUCUGAAGGUCACGACCCUGACCCCAGAGGAGAUCUACAGGACCAUCAGGUCCACGGGGGCGGGAAACUCAGCCCUCUACAUCCGACUCAAGACAGGACAGGACCCUCACCCCAGCAGCGAAGCCCUUCCUCUGCAGAGACCGGACGAAGCCGCCGGAGACUCUCCGUCCAGCUCGGCCUCGAUGACGCCCGAUCAAACCGACACGUACACGAGCUUGUUGUCUCCCAGUGAUCGGUCUGAGAGGAGGAGGCGUGGCCGACCCCGGCUCGGUGAAGAACCCACCCACCACUACCUCCGGAUCUGCAUGCUGGAGGAUUCCCAGUCAGACGUGGUCUCAAAAAAUGUGUUUACGAAAUCCUCGGUCCAGGACCUGAGGUGUCCCCGUGGUCUGCAGGAGGCGGACUUCCUGGACCUGCUCAGGUCCACCUUCCCUCAGCUGGCUGGAGACAACAAACCCUUCGACGUGUUCAAGUCGGACCGGAGCCGGAGACUCCAGAGGCUCAGACUGAAGUCUGUGACUCCAGAGGAGAUCUACAGGACCACCAAGUCCACCGGGGUCUCGAAGACCCUGCUCUACAUCAGACUGAAGACAGGAGAGAAAGAGGAGGAGGAGGAGGAGCAGGGGGAGGAGGAGCUCAACCUUUUACCAAGAAACAAUGAUGAAGCCGACGAAUCUCCGUCCUCUGUCGCCAUGGUGAUAAAAAGUGACGACGCCGGACUCGGUUCAAGCGGCUCAGUUCAACAUGAUGGCACCAGAGUGGACGUUCGGCCCAGCAGCUCGACGUCACAACAACAACACAACGUGGAAACUGAUGAUGAAGAUGCUGCUGAGAGCGACGUGGCGUCCGGAGACGACGACUGGAAACCAGAUCCUGACCUGCAGUCGCCAAAGACGACGACGACGCCUUUGAGGAGGCGAGGGCGUCGAGCUUCUGUUGUGGAGAGGAGUAAAACGCCCUGUAAAGUCUGUGGAGUUUGGUACAGGAUGCAGGGCAGCUUGAUCAAACACGCCUGGAGCCACGUGGACGAGGCGCAGUGCGUCUGCGGCGUGUGCGGCGAGCGUUUCGAAUCUGUGGAAGAGUUAAAGAGACAUCUUAGAAAGUACCAAAAAACUCAUGACUGUUCGUACUGUGGAAAAUCUUUCUCCACCGUCGCCGGCCUCAACUGCCACACGACUCUGCACACGGGAGACCGGCCGUUCAAAUGCGACGUCUGCAACAAAACCUUCGCUCACAUGUCCAGCCUGAGCGUCCACCGCUGGGUCCACGUGGCGGACAAACCUCACAAGUGCGAUGUUUGCCCCAAAGCGUUCGGUCUGAAGGCGCAGCUCAAAGCUCACAGCAAGGUGCACACGGGCAGAGACAGGUACCACUGCAACAUCUGCGGGAAGUCCGUCUACGACCUGCGAUCGUUAACCCGCCACAAGGCCACGCACUCGGGCGAGAGGCGGUACGGCUGCGAGGUUUGCGGGAAGCGUUUCAAAAUCCUCGGCACGUUGAAGUCGCACGAGAAGAUCCACACGGUGAGAGACAGGCCGUACCUCUGCCACAUCUGCUGCAAGACCUUCCUCUCAAACUGCGGCCUGACGGCUCACAUGAAGACGCACAGCAACGAGAGGCCGUUCAUCUGCAUCAUCUGCAGCAAGGGCUUCAUAUCAAACGGCGAGCUGAAGGCCCACAUGCGGGUCCACACGGGCGAGGCGCCGUACGGCUGCUCCGAGUGCGGCCGCUUCUUCAAACGCAAGACUCACCUGAACAACCACGUCAGGAGCCACUUAGGCAUCAAGCUGUUCGUGUGCGGGGUUUGCGGGAAGGCGUGUUCUCGCCAAGAACACCUGACCGUCCACAUGAGGACUCACAACGGUGAGCGACCGUACAAGUGUUCCCUCUGCGACAAGGCUUUUACUCAGAGCCACUGUCUGAAGACGCACAUGAAGAGCCACCAGGCGGAAGAAAACCCGUUUCUGGAUCCGUCCACGUCCUAAAAGACGCUUCAUAUCAGCCGCGUCCCAACUCAGGGGACGCAUCCUUUGGAGGACGCGGUCUACGAAGUUCAGCCGUCGUAGACCGCGAAGGCCGAACCAAAUGAGACGGUCUGGUCUGCGGAGGAUUUUCACCUUCACCGUUGCAUCACAAAGUACAGCUCCUGUCGCCUAGCAACCUUGACAACACGUCAUUUCUUUCACAAAAACUUUUUUGUUUUAAACAGUUGUAAUGUUGAACGGAGCUGAAACACAAUUCUUACAUUACACAGUGUAAUUCUCAGACGGCGCACUGAAUCUUGGGAUACGUCGGUGUAGUCGCGCCGCUGUGAUGCAGUCGGUCUUGAGAUGAAGCCUCUGAAGGAUGAAGCCCCUGAAUCGGGACACAAAGCUGAACCCUGUCGGUCAAAGUGCCGAACACUGACACUCUUCUUUCGUUACUCUUCAUGUAGACAAAGUUCUCGCGUACGGCUUCUCGUGUUUCAACAUUUCACUUUUGUUAAAGGUGCUGUAUCUAAGUUUUCUUUCUGGAAGCAGGUGUUAUUAAAGGUGAUAACAGGAGCUUCAGCCAUCGUUGCGUUUACAAGUCAGGAAGUUACAAUACGUCCUCUGAGCAGCUGCUUCUCCGUCCUCUAACUGACUGGACGCUACAGGGACUCAGAAAGUGGAAUUACAAGACGUUUAAUGCUGAACUCACAUCGUCUCUUCCACACUGGUAAGUAGCUGUUAAUGCUAAUGCUAGCUCUGUAGCAAUAUCUAAAACUUACAAAUAGCACCUUUAAAUGAAAAGAAAAUGUUUUUGUAAAAAAACAUGUUCAUAUUCUUAGGUAUUGUUUUGCUGUUGAUGCAGAAAUUCAGGUGUUGAAAAACGUCAUACGACACUCGGUCACAGUUUUUGAAAAACAAAACAACAAAAGUGCUUCGAUAAAUAAUCGAUGAAUCAACUGACAGAAAAAACAAAGAACAUUUGUUUUGGUAUUGAAAAAUGUCAAAUAAUCAUCCAGCCCUACUCGUGGGUUAAAAUAAAAAAUAAAAUCAAAGAAUUGCUGAAACAAUCGAUUAGUUGUGGAAUCAAUACCAAACUUCAGGUAUCGUAUUGGAAAUGUGAAACAAUAACCAGCCCUGCUUUUUUAAAAAUAAAAAGGUAAACUAGAUAAAAAUGACUGGCACUACUAAGGAACAUAUGUAAACAAGCUAUUACUGAAAUUUGUUGUGGAAUCAAUACCAAAAUUAAAAGCCCUUAUUUAGAAAUAAAAUGGGAAACUAAACAAAAUUUGCUAAUAAUCAAUGAUAAUGACAUAAUUGAUAAUUACUAAGUGAUAAUUAAUUAUUCCAUACAACAAUUCUAAAAAUUUAAGUAUUGGCAUUAGAAUUUAAAGCUUUUGAGCGAUUUCAAACCCUAAUGAAAAACAUACGUUAACAAGUCAUUGAUUAAUUAACAAAACAAAAUUAAUUCAGUUUUAAUAAUUAUUUGUUUUGGUACUGUUACUAAAAUCUGACUUUUGAGCAAAAUUGUUGCUUUUCUUUUAUUUAAUUUGGAUUAAAUAACUUUUGUUUCGACAAAACAAUGUGACGUUUUAUACAGUCAGUGGUUUGUGGAAAAUAAUCAACAAAAAAAGUGAAGUUUUAAUGAUUCCAACUUUUAAAAAGUCAGUUUAAUGUAAUAAAUACUGUUAUGAUUCCAAACCUGUAGCUGUAUGAACAAACGUUUUCUUCUGCUCUUAAACUUUUAGUUAAUAAGUACCGUAUCUAUCAACUGUAUAGAUUGUGUUGUACUUAAUGUUGUGUUUACUGCUUUCAGCUCAUGUAAAAAUCACUCAAACAUAAAAACUUGUUAAACUUUGUUGUGUAGAUGGUGAAGUUCAAGUCUGAAACUCUACAGCUGAUAUUUUUAGUGUUUCUUCGGGUACAUUUGGAUUAAUUUGUUCAAUGUUUCUUAAUUCACAUUCCAUUGUAACUAAUGUUGCAUUCAGGGUGAGUGGGAUAUGGGACGCUUCCUCCAACCGAGUAAGUUAAUUUCACUUAAUCAGCCCUUGAACUCUGCAAUAAUUCCUCAUUUGUAAACAGUUUGGUAUUUUGAUGAGAGUGCUUCCAAAUCCCACGUGGUCCUGAAUGCAGCAUGUGGUGCCUUAAAGUGCAUGCUUUCCUCAACAGGUAUUAUUAAACUUUUAACAGUGAA